GGCAUCACCUCCCCCCCCACACACACACACACCCCGAUUUGCUUCAGACUUGGGUCGGUCGGGGAACCAGAGCUCCGCCGUCCCCUAAACGCCAGCGGCCGUUUGAACCUGCUUGUCCCCCACCCCCGGCGGGCGGGGCGGGCUCACUCGCACUCCCUCCCGGCUCUGCCCGCCUGCUUCUCCCGCCCGGGACGCGCCUCCCUCCCGCAACCCAGUCCUGUGAGCCCCGCGUCUCCGCUGCCUCCUGCUCCCGCCUGGCCGGAUCGGAUCCGAGCCCGAGCAUGGAACCCGGACAGCCUCGGGAGGCCCGUGAACCCGGGCCAGGGGCAGAGACCGCCGCGACGCCGCGCUGGGAGGAUGCCAAGACUUUCUAUGACAAUCUCUCUCCCAAGAAGAAACCCAAAUCGCCAAAGCCUCAGAACGCGGUCACCAUUGCUGUGUCCUCCAGAGCCUUGUUCCGCAUGGACGAGGAGCAGAGGAUUUACACGGAGCAGGGUGUGGAGGAGUAUGUACGCUACCAGCUGGAGCAUGAGAAUGAGCCCUUCAGCCCUGGACCAGCCUUUCCCUUUGUGAAGGCCCUGGAGGCUGUGAACAAGCGGCUUCGGGAGCUGUAUCCCGAUAGCGAGGAUGUUUUUGACAUUGUCCUCAUGACUAACAAUCAUGCUCAAGUGGGAGUCCGUCUCAUCAACAGUAUCAACCACUAUGACCUGUUCAUUGAGCGAUUCUGCAUGACAGGUGGGAACAGCCCCAUCUGCUACCUCAAGGCCUAUCACACUAACCUCUACCUGUCAGCUGAUUCGGAGAAAGUGCGAGAAGCCAUUGAUGCCGGGAUUGCAGCUGCCACCAUCUUCAGCCCCAGCAGGGACAUAGCUGUGUCCCAGAACCAACUCCGCGUGGCCUUCGAUGGGGACGCAGUACUCUUCUCUGACGAGUCCGAGCGCAUUGUCAAGGCCCACGGGCUGGACAGGUUCUUCGAGCAUGAGAAGGCCCACGAGAACAAACCUUUGGCACAGGGCCCCCUAAAAGGCUUUCUGGAAGCCCUGGGUAGACUGCAGAAGAAAUUCUACUCUAAAGGUCUGCGGCUGGAGUGCCCGAUUCGCACUUACUUGGUGACAGCGCGCAGUGCAGCCAGUUCUGGGGCCCGGGCCCUCAAGACCCUGCGAAGCUGGGGCCUGGAGACAGAUGAGGCCUUAUUCCUAGCCGGAGCACCCAAGGGCCCCCUUCUUGAGAAGAUCCGCCCACACAUCUUCUUUGAUGACCAGAUGUUCCAUGUGGCUGGGGCUCAGGAGAUGGGCACAGUGGCUGCCCAUGUGCCUUACGGCGUGGCCCAGACACCCCGACGGGCUGCUGCUGCUGCUGUUGCUAAGCAGACUUUAAGUUCACAGUAGCUAAGUCACCUUGCUCCAGGCAACCCGUCACUCUUCCAGACCUCAUCUGGUGAACUUUCCUGGUUCCUCACUGUCCACGCUCCUGCAUGCCGUCCUCUUCCCUCUGCUCAGGUACUCCAAGGAACUUAGGAAGACUGGGCCAGCAUUCUCGAAGUCCCUGCUAGCCAAACACUGCUGUGAUCCUGGCUGGGAAAGCAGGACUCUGCAGGGUAGCCUGAAUGUCAUGGAGAAAUUGGUGGGUAGAGAGUGGUAUAGUCAGAGAAGCCAGAAUGCCAAAGGGCUUGGGAUGAAAACUGUCGCAUGUAGUCCAGAGAACAUUGUGUGAGAGAGGGCGGAUUUGGCAUCUAAAGCAGACAGACCUGGCGUAGACUGCGUGACUUAAGUCCCUCUUUUUCUUUUUCUUUUUGUUUGUUUUUUUUGUUUGUUUGUUUGUUUUGUUUUGUUUUUUUGAGACAGGGUUUCUCUGUGUAGCUUUGCACCUUUCCUGGAUCUCGCUCUGUAGACCAGGCUGGCCUUGAACUCACAGAGAUCCACCUGCCUCUGCCUCCCAAGUGCUGGGAUUAAAGGUGUGCACCACCACUGCCCAGCCCAAGUCCCUCUUUUUCAUAAGCCUCAGUUUACCCCUCUCCCUUUUAGGUGGUUUCCAAGCUUGGUUUUACAAGAUUGUGCCCCAAAUGAAUCAUCCUGUGCUGGGGCUGCUAGUACCUAUGGCACCUAUGUAGAUUACAAGAUGACAUUCUGUCCAGGUGAAUGAAUUACAAAAACGAUGGUCCUUCCUCUGGCCUAAGCCGGGACACAGGCUAGAUUCCAGCCCUUCGCCCCUCAGCCCAUCGAAUGGGAAAUAUGCACAGUUCUGCACAGCAGCCCUGCCUGUAUCUUUCCAUGUUGGGAAGCUACUGCACAGGAUAGCCCGCUGUUUCCUGUGGUUUGCUAACCUGGGCCAUGGACCAUCAACUGCCGGGUGGAAGGUUUGGGGAAAGAAAUGAGAGGAAUGUAGCCCACAUGCAAAUUCUCCUCUAGCCCGUAGGGGGCACUGUAGGCUCUAGCUGGAGUGGACUUCAGCGGCUUGCCAACUCUGGGUUUCCUUUACCUUCAGCUUUUAGGGAAAGUUCAGUAGUUCUGCCUCCCAACCUCCUCACCUCAGUCCUGGGUCUACCAGUCACCGCUACCUGCCAUGCUGUGAGGAAGCUCUCCCAGCAUCGAGAGAGAGAGCUGUAGACCCAAAGUUGGAGAAAGCACAGGCCCUAAAGUGAGUGGUUGUCCAGGCUGAGUCUGAGGGCAAGCUGCUGCAGGGAGACGUGGGAAGUGUCAGGUCUGAUCUGAUCUGAGAUGCUAAGGACGUGAUGGCUUAGAGAAGGACGAGUUGAACGUGCACCAGCAUGAGUCUAUUGUGGAUAGGGGAAAGCCAGUCAGAGCUACCCUGGAGGUAAUGAGCUGUCACUGGAGUGCCGUGCAAAGGAUUCUGGGUUGGGCUGAGCUCCCUGAGAGGUACCAUUGAUGACUCCACCUUUGCAUGAAUCCACGCAGCCCUUUCUUCUCCACAUGAUGAGUGAUAGUCACUUCCUCCUUUGCUAAGCAGCCCUGGCGCUCAGAGGAAGGAUGGAAGAGUGGAUGGUUGGUCCCCUAGGAAGAAGGGGCAAGCAGACAUGUAUUCGUACAUUGAGUCCCUGGCUCCCACAGGGAUGCCAGCAGUGAGGAAACCCAAAGCAUCAUCAGAGGGCCAAGAGAGGAGCCUGGAUAUUGAAGGGCAACCAGAGACUCUAACCUCUGCCCUUCUAGGAGUUUGACUUGGGAUCUGAAUGAGUACAUGUUCUGGCCAGCGUGUCUCGGGGUAACAGGUUCAGAAAGGAGGACAAAGAAGACUCAGGAGCUCCUGGAAAUGAGUUCCAGCUUGGGCUGAACAAGAAACACAGGGCUGAGCGUGCAUCUGUGCUUGCAGCGUGCGGACACUGUUCCUGUCUGUGCCUGCAGCGUGAGGACACCGUUCCUGUCUGUGCCUGCAGUGUGCGGACACCGUUCCUGUCCAUGCCUGCAGCGUGUGGACACCGUUCCUGUCUGUGCCUGCAGCGUGAGGACACUGUUCCUGGAAGGCAGAGAUGAACGUGAGGUAGACAAAGCUGCUUUACGGAGCCGUUGGCAUUAUUUGCACCCGGGAGGGCAAGACACGAAGGUGAUUUUGCACAGGGUCAUUUUCAUCAUUAUAGCCAGGACCCUUGUGGGUGGCGGAGGAGGCCUCGGGGUAGAACCAAGUCUGCAAGGGGCUUCCUCUACGCCUGGUUCUCCACGCCUGGUCAGAGAUGUUGUGUGACCUAAGAACAGAUGCAAGGAAGUGAAGAUGGGUGAGAGAAGAAGCUUGGCCUCAGGGCGCUCUCCAUCUUCACUGGAUCACACAGCAGCCUUCCGCCAUGAGGCCAUAGU